AUGAGGCUGUGUAUAGACUUUCGGAAACUUAACCAACAGACGAAAUAUGACAGCUACCCUCUGCCAAGGAUUAACGAAUUACCAGAAUUGCGAAAAAAUGGUGUUUAUGAUGAAAUUCAGGUUGUACAAGUUUGUGGUAAUACUAUUUGGCUUGACGAAUGCUUUCGCUACUCUCUAACAGUUGAUGGAUCGUGUGCUGCAACAAGCAAU